AUGCGCACUUUCUCUGAGCUGUGCGUCUCAGCAGCGGUGCCUCAAACUUUUCCAGGAGGAGAUCCGGCUCCCCGCGCGACUCUCCUGUCCGGAUUCACUUUGUUCCCAAUUGCAUCCACGGGAGGACCGUCAAACCGAAGCCUGGAUUCCAGCGUAGAUCCGAUCCUUCGCACAUCUCCGCCGGAGCCCUCUGCGGUAUUUUCUCGGCCUCGUGAACUUGUGGAAAUCGAGGAAACAGCAGAAGAUGAGCCCAAACUUUAUUUAGAAGCCAGUGAGCUUUGGAGACAGUUCCACAAAUGCGGAACAGAAAUGGUCAUUACAAAAUCUGGGAGACGUAUGUUUCCGCCUCUCAGGGCCAGGUGCACGGGGAUGGACAGAAAAGCCAAAUAUAUUCUCCUCAUGGACAUCGUGGCAGCUGAUGACUGUAGAUAUAAAUUCCAUAACUCACGCUGGAUGGUGGCGGGCAAGGCGGACCCCGAGAUGCCCAAACGCAUGUACAUCCACCCGGACAGUCCGGCUACGGGAGAGCAGUGGAUGUCCAAAGUGGUCAACUUCCUCAAGCUGAAACUAACCAACAACAUAUCAGACAAGCAUGGAUUUACAAUUCUCAACUCGAUGCACAAGUACCAGCCCAGGUUUCAUAUAGUAAAGGCACACGACAUCCUAACGCUGCCUUACUGCACUUUUAGGACAUAUGUGUUCUCUGAGACUGAAUUCAUCGCAGUUACAGCUUACCAGAAUGACAAGAUCACACAGCUGAAAAUAGACAACAAUCCUUUCGCCAAGGGAUUCCGAGAUACUGGCAAUGGAAGGAGAGAGAAGAGGCAAGUUAUUUCUUAUAACUUCUUAGCAACAUCGGCCCACUACCUCAACCCACAAGGCCAGUCCGGAUUGGAUUUCAGAGGCUGUCCAAGCAUCCGCAGUCGGGAUUACUUCUCCUCUCCGGCAAUAUUUUCAUUUGUUCCUGCAGCAAGUGGCAGUUUCAAAUAUCUCACCCCAGAUUGGCUUACAUGGCCUAAGAUGGAGGAAAAGACUUUAACAGAGCAGGAAGUGACUGGAGCCAGGAUAAGUAAAGAACAGUGGGAGUCUACUGACCUGUGA